AUGGUUCAAGUUCCCUUGUUCCGCCUCCAGUGCGGUGUCAACUCUUACGAUUGGGGCAAGAUCGGUUCGGAUUCAGCAGCUGCCAGAUUCGCCGCAGCCACACCUGCAGAUGGCUUCAGCGUCCAGUCCGACAAGCCCUAUGCAGAGCUAUGGAUGGGCACUCACCCCUCCAAUCCUUCCAGAGACGUCGACACAGGUCGUAGCUUGCUAGACCUGAUUGAUGUCAAUGAAGGUCUUCUCUCCUCUACCAUAAAGGCCCGUUAUGGUGCCAAGCUACCAUUUCUGUUCAAGGUACUAUCCAUCAACAAGGCCCUGUCUAUCCAGGCCCAUCCGAACAAGAAGCUUGCCGAGCAGUUACAUGCCAAGGACCCCAAGAACUACCCCGAUGACAACCACAAGCCUGAGAUGACCAUUGCGGUCACGGCAUUUGAGGGUCUCUGUGGCUUUAGGCCGCUGGGCGAGAUUGCACACUUUUUGGCAGCUGUUCCUGCCCUGCGGGAGCUUGUCGGCGAAGAUGAUGCCAAGUCGUUUAUCGCAACGGUGCGCGGCCAGGAGGGCGACGACUCGUCCGAGUCCACUACGCAGAACAAGCGGGCCUUGCAGUCGGCCUUUGCCGCCUUGAUGAAGUCAUCGCCGGAAGCCAUUGCCGAUGCUUCAAAGAAGCUGGUCGCUGAUGCCGAGGCCAAGGGUGCCGAGUUUGCUGAUGGCGGUGUGGAGGCUUCGAGCGGUGCUACCCUCUCCGAGCUUGUCAUUCGUCUCAACAAGCAGUUCCCCGAUGAUAUCGGCCUGUUUGUCUUGUUCUUCCUCAACUAUGUCCAGAUGCAGCCCGGUGAGGCAAUGUUCCUCAAGGCCGACGACAUCCAUGCCUAUGUCUCUGGAGAUAUCAUUGAGUGCAUGGCCGCCAGCGACAAUGUUGUCCGCGCUGGAUUCACCCCAAAGUUCAAGGAUGUCCAGACCUUGGUUGAUCUCCUGACCUACGACUACGCACCCAUUGAGGAGCAGAAGAUGGAGCCCAAAGACUACCCCUAUGCUGUCCUGAACCGCACGGCCUACAGCUCAGGCUCAGAAUCCACCCUCUACGACCCCCCGAUUGAUGAGUUCAGCGUCGUCAGGACCGUUCUCAAGAGCAGUGGCUCCAAGGCCACUUUUGACCCCAUUGAGGGACCCAGCAUCGUCAUCUGCACCAACGGCAAGGGCAAGAUUUCUGUUGGUCCGACGGUCAAGGAGAUCAAGGAAGGCUGGGUGUACUUUGUUGGCGCCACAGCCGAGUUGGUGCUCGAGUCUGAGAACGGCGAUGAGGACUUUAUUACUUUCAAGGCAUUCUGUGAGAUUGAGGACCACAGCAAUGGCGAGAAGCUAUAG